UACUACUGGAUUCCCUAUUACUGACGUACUGCCAUGACUCCUCGUGUCUGAUUUCUAACUUCACUCAUUAUUAUUGUUAUUAUUGUGCUAUUGCUCUUGAAAUAAUUUCGAGCCUCUUUUCCACUAAACUCGACAUGCCGCCUCGCAAACAAAACCCGGAAAGAAGAUGGUCCAUGUAUCGACAACUCCACGAUGACGUGUCGCGACUGCUAGAAGAAGAGGGCCUCUACUUCACGUUCAACAAAAAGGAUACAGACGAAGGUUGCCACAGAUCUUACGAUACUAAUAUCACGGGCCGAUUUAUAUGUCGCAAUAAAAAGUGUGGUUCUCCUGGAUGGUCAAGCAAAAUGGUUGCCAUCACCAUACGAAUGUACCCCGGAGCAAGAUAUAAUGCAAGGGUAUAUCAUCAGAGCUGCAAGAGCUGCAACUGCCUUAGUCGCCCACUUCUAAACGACACCUACGCGGAAAGAAUCGCAUAUCGUAUCAAGAAAUGGAAUGGAAUCGAGGUGGAGACACCUCAUUACUCCGGCAAUAGCGAGCUUCCACACAACGAAGAUCUGUGCGAGGGAUGCAAAGCUGGUCAUUGUAAACGUCGGAACAAUGGUUUCAUUGGAUACUACUGAGCAACUUGGCCCCGUGUUUCUGAAUGAGGUCAAUAUACCGUAUUAUCACCGACUCCUCUUAACCAUUCAUCUGUUGGUUCCUGGAUCGGCAAGUAC